AGCCAACCCCUGCUGUUGAAAUGUAAAGCUGGUAGUAUCCUGGUGUACCGCUAGAAAGAAUAUGCUGAAAGGACCCGGUUUGCUUACAUCGGCACCUCCAACUUGAUCCUUUUCUGCAUUUGGGGAGAUUCCGCAGCCAAAUUACGCAUGGAAUGGUUUUGGGGGGAUUGGAGUAGAAAUGCAGCGCCGCACUUCCAGCCCACAACAAGAACCAUUCCCAAUUUACAUUGCAAGCAAAUCUAUGACAUCCUGUUUUUAUCCCUUACGACUUUGAUAUGAGUGAUUUUUGCUCGGAUACCGACGAGGAGUGAAGACAGUGUACACACCAUCCACGCCGAAGGACGCUGGUCUUGCUGCAGACGCCUGUGUAACGAAAACCUCUGCAUUUAGGAUUUUUUUUGAUGGAGCUGGAGAACAUAGUAGCCAACACUGUACUGCUAAAAGCAAGAGAGGGUGGAGGAGGAAAGCGGAAAGGGAGGAGCAAAAAAUGGAAGGAGAUCCUUCGCUUCCCCCAUAUAAGCCAGUGCACUGAGCUGGGAAACAGCAUCGAGAGGGACUAUGUCAACUUCUGUGAGAAACAGCCUAUCGGACGGCUUCUCUUUCGUCUUUACUGUGAGACCAGACCCAAACUGCAACGAUGCAUCCAGCUACUGGACGCAAUGGGAGCCUCACCAUGGCCUGAGAGAAGAGACAAUGUGUUUUAUGAAGACUACGAGGUGACACCUGAUGAAAAAAGGAAGAGCAGAGGAGAUCAGAUCAUCAAGACUUUUCUCUCAAAACAAUCACCUCAGCGUGUAGACAUAGCAGAGGUCUUUGCCGACCAGUGCAGAGAGAACCUCGAGCUCAGUCCAUGUAAGGAGAUCUUCAGCAACUGCCGCAAGGCUGUCCACGACUACCUGAGCGGCGCUCCAUUCUCUGACUACCAGAACAGCAUGUACUUUGACCGCUUCCUGCAGUGGAAGGUGCUGGAGAGGCAACCAAUCACUAAAGACACAUUCAGACAGUACCGAGUGCUGGGGAAGGGGGGAUUCGGAGAGGUGUGUGCCUGCCAGGUUAGAGCUACGGGGAAGAUGUACGCCUGUAAGAAGCUGGAGAAGAAGAGGAUCAAGAAGAGGAAAGGAGAGUCCAUGGCACUCAACGAGAAGCAGAUUUUAGAGAAAGUCAACAGUAGAUUUGUUGUGAGCCUAGCAUAUGCAUAUGAGACCAAAGACGCUCUGUGUCUGGUGCUGACCAUCAUGAACGGCGGAGACCUGAAGUUUCACACCUACAACAUGGGCACGCCAGGCUUCGAGAAAGACAGGGUCCAGUUUUACGCCGCUCAAAUCUGCUGCGGACUGGAGCAUCUGCACAGAGAAUGGAUCGUCUACAGGGAUUUGAAACCUGAGAAUAUCCUAUUAGAUGACAAUGGACACAUCCGUAUUUCUGACCUGGGGCUGGCCAUCAAAGUGCCUGAAGGAGAACUCAUCAGAGGGAGAGUUGGGACAGUCGGCUAUAUGGCUCCCGAGGUUAUAAACAACGAAAAGUACGGCAUGAGUCCUGAUUGGUGGGGGCUGGGCUGUCUCAUUUACGAGAUGACCGCCGGACGAUCCCCCUUCCGUGCCCGCAAGGAGCGUGUGAAGCGGGAGGAGGUAGAGAGAAGGGUGCAGGAGGAGGAAGAGGAGUACAACGACAAGUUUACAGAGGACACCAAGGCCAUCUGUAGAAUGCUGCUGACCAAAGACCCUAAGCAGAGGCUGGGGUGCCAGGCGGACACAGGAGUGGGCAUCAAGGCCCACUCGUUCUUCAAAAACAUCAACUUCAAGAGGAUGGAGGCUGGAAUAGUGGAGCCUCCAUUUGUGCCUGAUCCUCGGGCAGUGUACUGUAAGGAUGUGUUGGACAUAGAGCAGUUCUCCACAGUCAAGGGAGUAAAUUUGGACCAAACUGACAAUGACUUCUACUCCAAAUUUGCUACAGGCUGCGUUUCCAUCCCAUGGCAGAAUGAGAUGAUAGAAACUGAGUGUUUCAGAGAUUUGAAUGUGUUCGGGCCUCAAGGGACAAGACCUCCGGAUCUUGACUGGAAUCAACCACCAGAGCCGCCCAGACGCAGCCUGCUGGACAGGAUCUUCAGGAGACAUCACCCAGAGGUGUCUAUUUCCCACAGCCGCAUGCAGUCUUCCAGCGUAAACUCAGUGGACUCCAUGUCCAACUCUGCCCCCUAGUGGCACAGUGACAGUGUGGGAGCCACACACACAAAGGGAAGGAGCUCCGAGGGGCUUCCCCGCUGCUGAUUGGUCCACAGCCGGGGCCUGAGCAGCAGCCGGAGACAGCCUGUCUAGAGCCUAAAUGGUCAGCCCAUUGGGGGGAGGGGGGGGGCUGACCAGGCCCUGAGACCCCGGGCAUUUGUUAUGGGAUAUUGCAGAGACGUUUGGAAAUAUUCGGACAAACCUUACUUACCCUCAGGAUUGUUGGACUAUAGAACAGAGCCACUGAUGUUGAUGAUAAAGGAUAGAAAACAAGCUAAUAUUCAGGGGAUCCACUGUAUAAUAAAGACCACCACAGGGAAUAGAAGAUGGGGUCUUGGUGAAUUUUUUUUCCAGAAAAGGACUUUCUUUUUCACUCAUUGUGAGUCUAUAACUUGUACCAAUAUCUCUCUAUAGUGUCACCAUCUGUACAACUCUGACUAUAACUCAUUCUUUCUCUGUAUUUUUCCACCUCUCGUACCUCAAAUCACUCCUAAACAUUCAGAACACAUCACCUCGACAACCUCAACACAUAAUGUACAUUGCCUUGCAUACACUCAGGCCAAAGAUUACAGUUAAGUUUUUGUGAUACUGUUGUCAUGUUGAUUUAUUGGUUUUUGAAGGUUUUUAGCCGUCACUUAGAACCACGGGGGGUCAGAACGUGGGUUGCCUGAUCCAUUUUAUACACAUUCUCUAAAUAUGAGCCUGCAGACAUAUCAUAUAGCUUAAAGCACACACACAUACAUACACAAUCAGACAGAUUCACACAGACAGAAUUGUGAGAAUUGUGUUGUGUAUUCAUUGCAUGGACAAGUGUAAGUAUGGACAGCUGUAUCCCUUUUGCUUCUGCAUACCUCAUUCCACUGAUGUUACCAUUGUAUACCAUACAGCACAGACGUCUCCCUCGGUUUACAGUGUCACUUUAUAUUUGACAUGAUGUGGAGUUUGAAAAACAAAGUAAUAUGCUGUACAGAAACAGAAAUUGUCUCUUUUUUUCUUCUUUUUUUUUUGCUCAAUUUUCUGCACAGUCCCCAUGGAGUGGAGAGGAACACAUGCACUCAGCCUGACUUCCAAGUUGCACAAUUUUAAAAUAAUGUCAUGCUGUUUCUUCAUCAAAAUGAAAAUGUUUUACCUCUGAUCAUCAAGGCACAUUAUUGUAUUGAUAUUGCCACACACUGCUUGUUUUCUAUAGUUUAAUCUUGCUCCCCUUAUGCCUUUUCCAUCUAUAAGAUAUUGCUGCGUAGCCGUUGUUGUCACAUGUACAGGUUUUUAUAUUUUGCCCCGUUAACAUUUACAUGUUCUUCAAAACGCCUCACCAAUCUAAAGGGUCUUCCUCUUGUUUUAUUUCCAGCUGUAAUCAAAGACACAGGGUAUAUGACAUAUUAUCUGAUCAUAUUAUCUGUUUUAUUUAUCCUAUUCAUCCGGUGAAUUUUAUUGUCAUAUGAAGAUGGAAGAAGAUGCCGGAGGAACCCGCAACACCACACAAAGAAGUGGCCUUCUCUCAGCAGCACAGCCAAUUAAAAGGGAGGAAGAGCUCAGUCUCUUCUGCGUGUUUCAAGAAUGUGGUAUUUUCCUAUUUGAGGUAGUGAAAGCCGGUUCAUGCAGUAAUAUAAUCGUCCUUAUUGAUCUCACGCAAAGCCUGUUUUCUCUCUCUCUUUCUCUCUCUCUGUCUCUCUCUAUAUAUAUAUAUAUAUAUAUGUACUUGAUAUGACAAAAAAAAAAUCUGAAUCAGACUGAAGUGCCUCCUUGUUCGCAUGAUCUCCCAGACAAUGCCCACACAGACAUCAGCACUUUGUUUGUCCUCUGACUGUCAUGCUCUGUUUCGCUGGGGAACACGUCGACACAAAUACACGAGACUCACACAGUUUUUUGGAUGGGAAGGGAAGGAGGAGAGGAGGGAAGUGGUGAGGGAAUUCUGUUUUCCUUCUUAAUGUGAUGUACAGCAAAGUGCUGAGUGCAUGUGAAAGCCAAACCCACUGUGUCCUUCAA